GGCCAAGAUCCGCCGUGAAUAUGAGCUGCCAGUCUGCAGUACUGGCGAGGCUCCCAACGGCGAGUCCCUCGUAGGGGAGGACUCGCUGUCGUUGCUGUUCGGCAGACAGGUCGUGGGAGGCGACGACUAUUCGUGCGGCCCAGACCGUCCCUGCAAGAACAAAGCGUGCUGCCCCAAGGAGACGCUUCAGUGUAACUAUGGUGAGGAGUACUGCGGCACGUCGGGCAUCUCGCCCAAUGAAGUCUGCUGGUCCAACUGCGAUGCCAAAGCAGAAUGUGGCAAGAACGCCAAGGUCCCUGGCCAAAAGUGUCCUCUCAACGUCUGCUGUGGAAAAUGGGGCUUUUGCGGAAUGACAAAGGACUUUUGCGAAGUGGAAGAUCAUGGCGCCACUGGCGGUUGCCAGUCCAACUGCGACCAGCCAGGGCCCAAGGGCAAGGACUCUGAACAGCUGGAUCGUGUCAUUGGAUACUACGAGGCCUGGCGAUACAACUCUGAAUGUCAGGGGAUGCCCCUGAACGACAUACCCAUCAACUCGCUGACUCACCUGUACUUUUCCUUUGCAUUCAUCACCCCCGAGUUCAACAUUAUCGGCAUGGACGGUCUGCCCUCGGAGCUCUUCAGCAAUUUCACCGACCUGAAGAAGGGCAAUCCGAGCCUCAAGGUGAUCAUUGCCAUCGGAGGAUGGACACACAACGACCCAGGACCUCUGCAGAAGGUGUUUAGCAACAUGGUCAGCACGAAGCAGAACCGGUCGACCUUCAUUGAGAACCUGAUGGCCUUCCUCCGUCAAUAUGCGUUUGAUGGUGUUGACUUUGACUGGGAAUACCCCGGGGCUGACGACAGAGGUGGCGUGCCCGAGGAUGGCGUUAAUUUUACCCAGUUCCUCAAAGAGCUCGAAGAAGAAAACAAGAAGCAGCCGAAAAGAUACAUUGUGUCUUAUACCGCGCCAACGAGCUUCUGGUAUCUGCGCCACUUUGACCUGAAGUCGGUCGACUAUGUCGACUUUGUUAAUGUCAUGUCUUAUGAUCUGCACGGAGUUUGGGAUCGUGACAACCCGAUCGGAUCUCACAUCUACGGACACACAAACCUGACGGAGAUGAGUCUGGCGUUUGACUUGUUCUGGCGCAACGAUGUGCCAGCCGGCAAGCUGAACAUGGGCCUUGGGUUCUACGGCCGAGCCUUCCAGCUAGCCGACCCGGCCUGCAACAAACCCGGCUGCGUCUUCAAGGGAGGCGCAACGAAAGGGGCCUGCAGCGGCGAGUCCGGCAUCCUCAGCUAUCGGGAGAUCAUGGAGAUCAUCCGAACCAAGAAGCUCAAGCCCGUCCACGACAAGGUGGCGGGCGUCAAGUACAUCACUUGGAACACUGACCAGUGGGUGUCGUACGACGACAAGGAGACGUUCAAGCAGAAAAAGGACCUGGCCAAGGAGCUGGGCCUCGGUGGGUUCCUGAUCUGGGCCAUUGACCAGGACGAUGACCAGCUGUCGGCGCUGUCGGCCGUGCUGGACCCCAAGCCGCUGGGCGAUUUCCGGGCAGACAAGGCCGACGACAACUGGACGGGCUCCAACGAGAUGUGCUACAUCUCCAAGUGCGGCGAGGGGUGCAACCCCGGCGACAUCAAGAUCACGCAGCAAAAGUGCGACAAGGGCAAGGAGAGCAAGCUCUGCUGCCCGCUCUCGGGCGCCCCCGAUCCCAAGGACUGCACCUGGCGAGGCGGGCCCCCCUUUUGCAACGGGCAUUGCCACGACGAUGAGGUCAUGACGCACAUGAGCAAAUGGGGCGGCGGAGCCGACUGCUGGGACGGUCAGAUGGCGCACUGCUGCACGAGUCCGCUCGGCGAGGAGAACACGUGCUACUGGGCCGGCGUCGCCGAGGAGUGCAAGGCGGGCCAUCUGCCCUUGACCUUCUCGGGCACCGUGCUCAGCAUCCUCGACGACAUUGCCGAGGUGAUCCUCGCCGUCGUCGGCCGCGCCGUCCCACUGGUCUCGCUCACCGGCCGCCUGCUCCUCGAGGUGCUCGACCAGCUCGACCUCGACACCAACAAGCUGUACUGCUGUCCCGAGAAGGACCUCGAGCGCUGGAAAAACUGCGCCUGGUACGGCAAGCCGGGCAGCUGCUUCGACGGCCACUGUCCCGACAUGAAAUUCGUGCAGCUCACCGACAGCUACUUUGGCGGCGGCGAGACGUGCGGCAUCCAACUCUCGCGUGUGCGCACCUUCUGCUGCGAGUCGGCGGGCGAUCCCCUGUUCCUCCCCGUGCCCCUGGGGAACCUGUUUGAGCACCCGCCCGACGGAGACAGCGUCGACACCGACUUCAGCCUCGAGACGGACAAGUCCUCGGCGAGCGGCGACGACGACCCCAACGAGGCCGCCUUUCAGUUCGUCGUCCUGGCGUCGCCGGAGGAGCUGCAGGUGUCGAUCGACAAGCGCGACGGCUCCCAUUGGGACGUCUUUGGAUGCGACGACGCCGUCACCGAGGGCGAGCACACCGUCAGCAUGGUCUGCACCGACUUCUCCGAGAACAGCAACUGCCACAAGAUUGGGCUCGGCCACGGCGUCCCCGGAACCAUCCUGCAAAUGCCCCCUGGCUGCGGUCCUGGCAAGUACGCCGUCGCCAAGAGCAUGGAGCCCGCCCCGGGUGACGACCACGCCAAGCUGCUGCCGCGCCGCCUCACCCACCUCGCGCCCCGGAAGCCUGUGGUGUACUCGCUGACCUUUGACUACGACUUCGCCCGUGUUCCGCGCGACCUCGGAAGCACCCAGAUGCGCAUCGACUUUAGCAACCAGGACGACUAUUGGGACACGGUCGUCGCCGGGUCUGUGUCCAAGAAGAAGAGGGACCUCACCAAGCGCACGCUCGCCGACGUGGGCGGCAACCACGUCAGAUGGCUUGAGGAGGAGUUCCGAGACGAUUACCACUUUGGCGGGCUGGACAAGCGCGACCUGCACGAGCGGUGGUUCGGCACGAGCAUCCUCGAGUGGCUCGCGCAGCUCGUCAAGCCAGAGAUCAAGCGCGAGUUCAUGCACAGGUACGACGACACUCUGACGGCCAAGCUCAUUGACGAGACGUGGUCCUGUUCAAAGGGCGACGUCAGCUACGAAGGCCACCUGCUCGCCCAGGCCCUGCUCAAAGUCAAGGUCGAGUCCAGCUUUGGCUUCACCCUCAUCGUCAGCAAGCUCAGCCUGCCCCUCGACCUGAGCCAGAGCUAUCUCACCUUUUACAACAAGGGCGAGAUCACGGGCGUUCUGACCCUCGAGGCCGUUGCCAAAGUAUUCUACGAGAAGAAGAGCGUCAUUCUGAACAUUCCCUUCCCCGGCGCCUCCUUCAAGAUCCCGGGCAUCGCCACCAUCGGUCCCCAGCUCACGGUCGAGGGCAGCAUCGAUGCCUCCCUCGCCGUGGCAGGCACCAUUGAGACCAAGCUGGAGAUUGCCAAGUGGGAAGUUCGCCAAGUCGUGCCGGACAACAACGACGAUGCGUACAAGCCCAAGGAGAUCGGCGAAGGCGACACCAGCCUGGACCGCACCGGCAACUUUGACGGUAUCAAGAAGCCUGAAUUCUAUGCGGGCGUCGCCGUUCAAGGCGACGUCACAGCCCGGCUCUCGGCUGCCGCCGAGUUUGGCAUCCGGUUCGCCGACAGGUGGGAGGUCGACCCGGCUGCCGCCGCCGUCGUUGGCGAGGCCAGCGUCAUGGCCAAGCUGACGGCGGGCGUGUCGACCAACGCCGUCUGCCCCUUCACGUACAGUCUCGACGUCGGCGCCCGCCUGUAUGCCAGAGUCCAGGCGCCGCAGGUCUUUGGCUGGUCCGGCGGCGAAUACGACCUGACGCCAAAGUGGAACAAGGGCAUCAUCGAGGCAGGCACCUGUCCGGACCUGGGAGCCAUCCCGUCCAAGAGAGACCUGGGCAUCGUCGGGGCCGCCAACUAUUCUGCCGCCGACAGGCAUGGCUACUACGGUCUGCCUCCUCCGCUGGAGAGCGCCGGCUUAGUCGACAACGACGGAAUACAGCGGCGAUCCAGUCAUCAUCUGGCCAAGAGAGGAGGCGUGUACGGUCCGGUGCUCAGCCUCCCAAUCGGCAAGUUCUUCUGCCCGCCGUCCAACGAUCCUAACGAGAACGAAAGCAGCUCCUGUGCAGACGUUGAGCCAGCAUGGGACAAGGACAAGUACCUCAAUGAGGAUUACGAGAACAUGCGCAGGAGGCGGUCAGAGGACGCUAUUCCUGAUGGCCACGAUGAUGAUCUGGACGACGUGGAAGGGGAGAUCCUGGCGCACAUCUUCGGGCGGGCCAUCAGCAGGAAGCCCGUCAAGGCAUGCAGCCUCAGGACAACCUUUAGCUACCCGACGGACGGCUCGCUCGCGACCGGCGCCCUCAUCUACGGCUGGGAGCAGCCCAACGUCUGCGGCAGCUACGACUGGGGCGGCCCGCUCAACGCACGCGUUGCCGGUACUACCUACCACUCGGAGCAUAUCCUCGAGGCCCAGAUGGUGUCGCAGUUCUUUGCCUACAUGGACGAGAAGACUGCUCCCGUGGCCAACCCGGACCCCAAUGCCCCCGUCAACAAGAGGACCAUCUCGUUCUGCGACUACGUCAACGUCAUGUUCGACAUCAACGCCGUCGCGGCCCCGGGCAUCGACACAGCCCAGGGUUUCGCCGCACAGCUCAAGCCCCUCGACCACAUCGCCGCCCAGUUCCCGACACACCAGUGGAAGACGGACGAGUACGUCUCGCUUGAGUCCGUCAUCAACACACCCGCCAAGGGCAAGGCCUGGGGCACCGACGACAACAUCAUCAACACGUCGUCAUGGCUGACCGACAAGUUGCCCAACGCCGCGGGCGCCCGGGCGAUGCUCAAGGCGAUGCGCUCCCUCAUCGGGUCCCGCCUGUACCACAACGACUGGACCGUGCUGGGCAUCCUCCGCGCGCAAAAGGCCCGCGUGGGCGCCAUCCUCGGCCUGCUCGACACCACGGUGCUGCCCGCCAACCCGCCGCCGGGCCUCGCCGCCUGGCCGCAGCAGGGUUUCCAGCUGCAGGCCGAGUGGGACACGUUCAUGAAGGGCGAGUUCCUCCUGAUGCAGACGAAGACCAUGAAGGUCAUCAAUGAUUUCAUGGGGCCCCUGAGGGAGCAGUGGACGAGCGACGCCGUCAAGCAGGCCAACGAGGACCAGCCGGGCGACAGCGCCACCGUCCUGGCGACCAAGCAGGGCGUCAGGAACCUAAUUGAUGACAUUGAGGCCAUGAAUGACUACCUGGCGACCAUGCCUGCUUGGCAGUGGCCUUUCUGA